AUGAUGCCCGGAUUGCGGCAGGAUGGCGGCCGCGAACAGCACAAUCCCCGGCGGCAAGGGCGCUUCCGCGUGAGCCACAACCCGGACGAUGUGUACGAUCCUAUGUUCCCCAACGAAUAUGACCACGUGUCCAAUGAGGAGGCUCAGCGUGCUUGCCAACCGGCAUCUCGUGUGGAGCUGAAGUUUGCCAACGUGGAGGUUGAGAAGUUAUCCGCUGAUGAAGCCCAUGCGCGACGUCUGAAGCUGCUUGAAGAGGCCGAUCGCGGUGGGAGCAGCGAAGCUCCGCCGAAGCCUGCCGCUCAAGGUCCCAAGGACAUCGGCCUGCGAAUAAUGCAGAAACUUGGAUGGACUGAGGGCAGGGGUCUGGGUGCGAAAGAGCAGGGUAUAGUUGCUCCGCUGGUCGGCAAAAACGUGGGGAAGCACGUGGGCGUCAUAGUUCAAGCGGCGGCUCCGACGAUCAAGCGUGCCACUAGGGGUCCAACUAAGCCGAACGCUGCUCGUGCUUCGGAAUCUGACCCCAAUGACGGUGACGCCGCGAGUGCUAAUGAAGGGGCGACUUCAACGCACGGUAAAGCGUCCACGAGUCGGAUUCUAAAGCUGGAUGGUGCGGAAUGCCCGAAGAGCGCAGAGGAGGUGCAGGGAGACUUCGAGGAAUCGAUGUGCCCGUUCGGGACUCUGAUGAACGUAUUGGUGCGAAGUUCUGGUGUCGGUUUGCCGUUUACAGUGUACUGUGAAUUCGAGGACCACAGGCAGGCAGUGGAAGCUGGUAAAAAUUUGCGCCAGAGCAUUCGUGGAUACAACGUUGUGCCGUCCUUCAUCACCGACGACGAAUACGCGGCUCUAUAA